AUGUCUAAAAUUCGAAGUAUUCAUACUCUUCAUGGAUUGCAUGAUUUAUUAGAAGGUAUAAAAUCUGGAAAAUCUCAAGAUCCUAAUUUAUCAAAAUCCAAGGAAACAUCUACAUCUACUUCGAGUUCUUCUGUACAAGAGGGUUCUUCCCUACGAGGAGGUUCUUCACAUGGAGGUUCUACAUGA